AUGGCGCCAUCACCACUGCUCCAGGUUCAGAAACUGGAGGAGGCUCUUACGGCCAAGCCAGCGGACCCGAACCCGAUCCUCGCGCUUCUGGCCCUCGCGCGGCACGCCAACCCCGAGGUCGUGCACAAGGCCGUCUGGGCGCUGUACCGCGUCUUUGGUGUGCAGCUGGCCCAGGGCCGAGUGGGUGGUAUCACGGGACCGAAGGAGAGAGAGUCUGCUGAAGUGAAGGACGGAGGCAAGGUCAAGAGCUGGCUGCGCGACCGGUUGCUGGAGUAUGCGGCGAUCCUGGGCGGGCUGCUGCAUGAUUCCGAGGCGGCACUUAGGCUCCUCUUCGCGCUCCUCGUGCCCCUGUCCGAGAGCGCGGGCGUGCCCAUCCACCUGCCCUACUUCCGCAUCCUCGUUUCCUACCUCCUCGCCCCGCCCGACAGUCAACGCGGCGCCUCUUCCCACGACUCGACGCUGGAGGAGAAUCAGGAGGGUCCCUCGGGCGAACUGCCCCUCGACGUGGCCGGCGCGGCCGUAGACGACUACUGGGCCAAGUACGACGACCUGCGUCUCUUCUUCUUCCGCGAGAUCCCCUCCUUCCUCCCGCUGCAGCAUGUCGACAAUCUGCUCAACCAGCUCGUGCACCUGAUCUACCUCCCCAAGGAGCAGGGGGACAUCAACGCCUUCUUCAUCCCCGGGCUCAAGGCUAACCCAUCUUCCGCUAAGAAGGCCAAGAGCAAGAAAGGCAAGAAGGGGAAGAAGGAAGUCGACGCGCUCCCGGACUGGAUGGAGGCGUAUGACGAGCCCUCGGACGAGGAGGAGGAGCAGCUGGCGGGGAAGAAGCGGCAGCGCACUGCCGCAUUGGGGACUGCAGCGGCCGUGCACUCCCUGGCUGCGCACACGGCGGCGUACACGGCAGCAUGGGAGGGUGUCCUCUCCUAUCCGCUCGAGAAGGGGUGGGAGCGCCGCGUGCUGACCAACCUGCACGGCGAGCGGGGCAUCCUCGCGUACAUGUCUGCGAGUCGCCGCGUCAUAGUCGCCGACUGGCUGGGCGCCACCGUCGACCGGGGCGGCGCACACGCCAUGCUCGCCAUGAACGGACUCUACGUCCUCAUGACGGCUUACAAUCUCGACUAUCCCAACUUCUACACGCGCCUCUAUGCGCUCCUGACCCCCGAGGUGCUGCAUGCGAGGUAUCGCGCGCGUUUCUUCCGUCUCCUCGAGUUUUAUCAAGAGGCUCGCGCGUUUGGCGCUGACGGCCCCGCCGGCCGGCGCCGUGCUCGUCAUCCCCUUCACGUACAACCUCUUCAAGAAGCAUCCGGGACGAUGCCGAUGCUCCACCGCUUGGACGACGGGCAGGACCUCGACCCCUACGACGCCACGGAGCCCAACCCCCUGUCGACCAAGGCGAUUGACGGAAGCGUGUGGGAACUCGGCGCCGUGCGAAAACACUAUCUCGCGAGUAUUGCCGUCAUGGCCCAGGUCUUCGAGGAACAAUUCACGAAACCCCCCUUCCUCCUUGAAGAUUUCCUUGAUCAUGGAUACCAGACGCUGUUCAAUACCGAGGCUGAGCGCAAGAUCAAAAAUCCCCCUGCGCUUUCUGUGCAGCUCGAGCUGGGCAAGCCCGAGGAUAUGCCCGCCCCGUUCCCAUCGGGAGACGGUGGGUUUGGGGAGGACAAGGAUGUCGUGUCUGAGCUCUGGGCUUUCUAA